AUGUAUCGUAUUGAUUGCAAUGGAUGUCUGUGCCAGGAAUCAAAUAAUUUAGUUUGCGAAGAAAAUCUCUGCUUAUCGAAAAAGGGUCUCAUCAAAAUGGAAGCCAAGAAACUCUCUGGUAAAAAAUGUCAUCAAAACGAAUCGUAUGGCUGUGUCCAAUGCAAUUGCGUGGAUCGAAUCACUGUUUGCAAAGGAAUUCCGCAGUGUGAGGAACGUGAGAAAUUGACUGGUCACGCCGCUAAAAUGCCCUUGGCUUUGAACCCUGAUGAAGAGAAAUGUGUGCCGGGGACUAUGUAUACUGUCCAAUGCAACCAGUGCUAUUGCCAGUUGGAUUCUACUCUCAGAUGUACCCAAAAGACCUGCCUCAACUACGCCCAGGCGAUGAAACUUGAAAAGCAACGUCUACACCUGGAAAAACAUGGCCUAUAA